AAUAGAUGGAAGAUAGAGCGCUAAGAACUAAUUAAAUGAUCAAUAGAUAUCAGGAUCAUUAAACCAUCAAAUUGGGAUCUCCAGAAGAUAACCAUUAUGCGAAGAAAGAAAAUUGGAAGCAAAUUGAUGAGAAGAAUAAAAACUAAUUUAGAAGUUAUGAAAAAUAGACACUGAAUUUGGAACCAAAGACUUCUUAUCAAACAUAUCAAGUGGCUAACAAUGGUUUGGACGAUAAAGACUAAUAUAACAAUAACACUAAUCUAAAGUAAUCCUAUUAUUAUGAAUAAACCAAACCUUAAACAUCGAUUUAUUAUUCAAGAGAAGACAAAUAGGAGUAGGUGCCUAUUAAUAGAUAAAACAGAGAUGAACAACUCCCACAUUCAUCUGACUAAUAUUAUUCAAAAUAAAGUGGAUUACCCUAAGGUAAUAGAACUCCUAUGGAUUCAAGAUCAAAUUUCAAUUCAAAAAAUCCAUUAGAUAAUGACAGUUAAAAUAAAUUUAAAAGUGAAUAUUAGUUUUCAGGUUUUAAGACUGAUUUUAAAUGGCCAGAAUACUAAAGAAUGUACCCUGAAAUAACAAAGAAUAAAAAUAACUAGUAAGAAAACAACAAUCAAGUUUAACAGGGACAAUCGCAAGAUUAGAGAGGAUUCUUAGAUAUCGAAUAAAGAUUAUAAUAAAGAAGAGAAUAGGCAGAGAAAAUAGCUGGAUAAUAGGAUAAGAGAUUAAAUUAUUAUUCAAAAUCUUUAGAAUAUUCAUAAAGAUAAUAACAAGUAGGAUUAGAGAAUAGUUAAGAAAGAAUGAAAUAAUUCUAAAAAGAACUUAGAAAUGAAGUAUAAGAAAGAAUAAAAGAAUAAACUAAUCAGCUAGCCAAAUAAGAUUAUAGAAAUUUUGAGUUGAAUUCUUAAAGAAGCCAUUUGGAAAGAGAUAUGGAUAAUAGACAUAACAAAAAUGAAAUACUUGAAUUAGAUUAAUUUAAAUACACCUAAUAGGAUGCUAAAUUAAAUCUGAAUGAAAGGAAAACUAAUUAUUAUGAUAACUCAAGAAAGGAUUAUGCAAUAAAUAGUAGAGGAUCUCAAUUUGAUGAAAAGUCUCCUAUCUAAUCAAGGUUUACUGCUGAUUCCAAAUUCUAAGAAGUAUCAAAUUUAGAAAAAUAUCAUUAUGUUAAAAAAUAAUAAUUAAAUCCACAUCAAAUUUAUGAUGAUAAAGUAAAAUAUGUUGAUAGAUCUUUAAAGUAUAAUAAUUCCUAAAAUGAAGAGAAAAUUAAAUGUAACCUAAAAUCUGAAGGUAGCACCUUUAAAGAAUCUAAUGACAAAUUUUAACUUAAAGAAAAAUUAAAUUAUGAAACUAAAUUACCUUAUCAAAUAAAGAGAGAGGAAGUAUAAUCACAAGGGAUAUAAGCAAGACAUAACCUAUAUGAAAAAAUAUAAUAAUUUGACCAGAAAAGCAGCACCAAAUAUUAUGAUAGUCGAGUUUUUUAAGCUGACAAAUUUUAAAGUAAUAACUUUAUAUAGGAAACAAAGACAUUUGAUUAAUAUUAAUCUAUUGAACCAAAAAACAAAGUAAUUGGAUAUAAUACUGAUAAAUAUGAGAUUAAAACCCAAGAUUAACAGAUUUAAUAGAUGGAUAAAAUGGAAUUUAAAAGAUCUCAAUUCUAACCUGAAAUAAAUCAACUUAGAGUAGAAUUCGAUAAAAAGUAUGGCUAAUUCAAUCCAGAAAUGAGCCAAAAAUUGUCUGAAAUAGAUAAAAGAAGAAUUUUUGAAGAUAAAUCUAAACCAGAACCAAUUUAAACCAAAAUAGCUGGAGCUAGAGAGUAUUUAGGUUAAAAGUACUAUCAAAGAGAUCCUUAUAGAUAUGAAUAGAGACAUAGUUAUCAUGAAGAAUCAUCCUAUCAAGAUAGGUUGGCUAUAGAAAAAGGGAACAGCAGAAAUAAUGCCAAUAAUAAGGCUAUUGAAGAUAUACUUCAAGGAACAGCAUUAAGCAAAUAUAUUUAAAAAGAGAAGUAAAAUAAAGUAAUGGAUAGAGUAGUAAGUUUUACAAGUAGCAACAUUAACUAACAAAAGUCUCCUUUAAAUGAUAAAGAAUAAUAGUUAGGAUAUGAUAGAUAAGUUUAAUUGUAAAGAGGACUAGGGAAUGAUAGAUAUGCCAUAAGCGAGUAUUAAAACAGAUUAUCUUCAGAUAAAAAUUUAUAAAAAUGUAAUUUUUUAACUUAUUUUUAGAUGGUAGUCCAUCUGGUUAAAUAAUCAAGUAAUAUAGAAAUUACGAUACUAUGGACAGAAGAUUUUGA